AUGAUCUGCACGAAUCACUCUGCAAACACUGACGACUGUCAAACCACCGUAGACCACGACGACGAUCCUGUGCUUCUACCGGGCUUGCCCAACCAUCUAGCCCAAGUAAUCCUCUCCACUGUCCGUCCGUCUCUCCUCUCCGCUGUCUGCCGCCAGUGGCGCCACCUCAUCUACACACCUUACUUCCCUCCCUUUUUAACUCUUUACGCCAUUGUUGCCAAUAACAAUGACCGAAGCCUCUCCGAUUCCGUCGCUUUCUUCACCUUCGAUCCGGUCUCCUCUAAAUGGAUAACUUUACCACCUCCGGCGACCAACCCACCUCUUCGUUUCCUUCACCGCCAUCCGUCCUUCAUUUCCCGGAACCUCACGAUACAAUCUUUAACAGUCUCCGGCCGGCUAGUACUCAUUGCAGCCACCGGUCAUAACUUCCUCCCGGCGUUAUCGCAUCCGCUUGUUUUCGAUCCUCUGACCGGAGAAUGGUUUCUCGGUCCUCCACUGACGAACCCACGUCGAUGGUGCGCCGCUGGGUGUAUUCGUAACACGGUGUACGUGGCUAGCGGUGUUGGGGCCCACUACCGUGGUGACGUGGGGAAGAUGAUGGAGAAAUGGGAGGUGGGGAGGCGGAGGGAGGAGUGGCGGUGGGAGGAGAUGGCGGGGCUAAAAGAUGGAAGAUUUAGUAGAGAAGCGGUGGAGGCAGUUGGAUAUAAAGGGAAGCUUUCCAUGGUGAAUGUGAAAGGUAAUGCAGGGAAAGAAGGUGUUGUUUAUGACGUAGAGGAAAACCGGUGGGAGAAAAUGGCGACGGGGAUGCUUUCAGGGUGGAAAGGGGCGGUGGGUGUGGCGGAGGAAGAGGUGAUGUAUGUGGUGGAUGAAGAGAAAGGUGCUUUGAGCAAGUACGAUGAUGAGAAGGAUUGCUGGGAAGAGAUGAUUGAAGGGUCGGAGCUUUUGAAAGGAGCGGAGCAAAUGACGGUUGGUGGAGGGAAAAUUUGUGUUGUUUCCGGUGGUGGUGGGAGGAUCACGGUGGUGGAUUUGGUGACGGAGCCGGUGAGGAUGUGGGUGGUUGAUCCGCCACAGCCGGAAAAUGAAGUGAUUUCGGUUCAUAUCUUGCAAAGGCCAUGUAAAAAAUUAUGA